AUUUUCCCCUACAAGCCUCCAACGGUCGUAUUUUCCUGCAAUCUUCACGCCUUGUUUCUCAUCAUUCAUCAAAUUGAUAUUCUCAAAACCCUACUUGUCAUUUCAUCUUUCUAAUUCUCGGGGACAAAAUCAUCAUCAAAUUAAAGCUCAGUUUUUUAUGGUAUAUGGCUUUUCGGGUAGUAGGGUUCUUGAGAAGUGAAUCUCAUAGUAUGUGAUUUUCCUUUUCGUGCUUGAUUGAAGGGAUUUUGAAAGAUAAGAAUAUUGGGCUUUGGGUGGGGUGAGUGGGGUGGGAUGGGAUGGGGUAAGGGGGUUGAUCUGAUCGCUCACUUCCACAGUUCUUUUUUCAGAUACAAUUUUUAGCAAAGAAGCAUAUGCAGAAGUCUAAUGUAUUUCAUUCAGCUCGAAUUUGACACUGCUUCAGUAUGAAAUCCGUGUGAAAAUUAAGGAAUCCGAUGAUCAUUUUUCGGUAGGCGUUUGAUAAUUGUUGAAUUCAAAUUCUUUGAUUCUUUUGUUGGUGUUUUGGUGAUUCUAUUCUUUGUUGCACAUAUAUAGCUUCUAUAUAUAAAUAUCAUCAUCAUUUAGGACACACAAAUAUAUACACAAAUACAGAAGAUUUCAAGUGUUAUUCUUUGAUUUGUUUUGACAUCGGAUUCCGAUUUUGUUUCUUGUUUUCUUUGAUUUAUUGAAAUUUCACUCACUCUCAUAGAGGAUACAAAUUAAUUGUAUACUGCAUAGUUUGGGAAAUAAGAAAAAGCACACACACAUACCCACACAGGGAUAGAAGAAAGUAGAAGGGUGGGAGAGUUGGGAGUUAAAGAAAAGAAAAAUAAAACUUGGUGAGGGUCUAAAUAAUGUUGGCCGGUUGUUCUUCUACAUUGUUGUCGCCGAGGCAUAGAUUGAGAAGUGAAGCAUCAGGACAGUUUCAAGUUUGCCAUCUCCCUUCAAUGAGUACCCAAAGAUUGGAUUUGCCUUGUAGUUUUGGUCGGAAAGAUGCCCCAAGGUCGUCUCAAUCAAUUAGGCCCGUAGGCAUCUCUGUUGAGAAUCCUAUUGAAGCGAAGACGACUAAUUGUUCUCUUAGGCAAAAUAUUAAACUCCCACCUUCAGCAAAAACAGAGGGAAGGAGAGAAAGCAAGGAUAAAUUUUGGGAGAAAAGUAAAAAGAAGAGGUAUGCAGAGGAAGUGUCUUAUGAUGAGGAGAUUGGGAUGAAUCGAGUGAAGAAGAAAAGAUGUAGCGGAAGAUUCCAUGAUUCUGAAGAAGGAGGUGGAAACUUGAGUAUAGGCCAUUUGGGUGGUGGGAAUUUCUGGUUUCACCCUGGCUUUGAUGUGCCGCGGUCUAUUCCACCUGCAGGGCCUAGUCCGCCUCAAGUGCCUUUCUCGAUAACGUGUUCGGGAGAGGAAGAAAGGGUAUGUUUUGUGCCAAGCGACGUGAUGUCUCCACCAUUACCACCUUUAUCAAGUAGUCCUUGGUUGGAACCUAUUGGGGACAAGAUUACACGUUUAGGUGACAAGAAUGCAGAGACGAGCCAGGGUCGUGCACAAGAGGGCUCACGAUCUUCGAGUACUUCAUCAGAGAGUGGUCGCUUGGUUCUUAGGCUGAUUGAGAAUCCUGGGGAGCAUGAAACUGGUAAUGGUUCUAGGCCACCUAAUCCAAGCGACAGUGUUGAGAAUGUAGCAGGGCAUAACGGUGAAAACAACCAUAGGGAACAUUUUGAUAUUGAGCUUGUCAACCUCCUUGUGGCUUGCGUCGAAGCAAUUCGUUUAAAGAACAUUGCCAAUAUCAGCCAUAUUAUGGCUAGACUUGGGGAACUUGCUUCUCCAAGGGGCUCCACUAUUUGUCGCCUCGCUGCGUACUUCACUGAGGCCUUAGCUCUGCGUAUUUCGAGGUUAUGGCCUCAUAUCUUUCACAUUACCAUUCCUCGUGAACUUGAUCAGAUGGAUGAUACGAGUGGCACUGCGUUAAGGAUUUUAAACGAGGUAAGCCCAUUUCCAAAAUUCAUCCAUUUCACCUCGAAUGAAAUUUUACUGAGGGCUUUUGACGGAAAGGACCGUGUUCACAUUAUAGAUUUUGACAUAAAACAAGGGCUGCAGUGGCCUAGUCUGUUUCAGAGUUUGGCUUCUAGGACUAAUCCUCCUAGCCAUGUUAGAAUUACCGGUGUUGGUGAAUCGAAACAGGAGUUGAUUGAAACCGGCAAUAGACUUGCCGGAUUUGCUGCGGUAUUGAAUCUACCUUUCGAAUUCCACCAUGUAGUUGACAAGUUGGAAGAUGUAAGAUUGUGGAUGCUUCAUGUUAAGGAGGAUGAAACCGUGGCUGUCAAUUGUGUAUUUCAGAUGCACAAGUUGCUCUACGAUAGUACUGGAAGAACACUGAGAGACUUUCUGGGACUAAUUCGAAGCACGAACCCUGCAGUGGUGGUCAUGUCAGAGCAAGAAGCGGAGCACAAUGACACGAUGUUGGAAAGAAGAUUUUCAAAUUCUUUGAAAUACUAUUCUGCUAUUUUCGACUCGUUAGAUUCAAUAAGCCUUCCGGCAGAUAGUCCGCUCAGGAUCAAGAUGGAAGAAAUGUUUGCACGUGAAAUCAGGAAUAUAAUUGCUUGUGAAGGACGAGACAGGAUUGAAAGGCACGAAACGUUUUGGAAGUGGCGACAGUUGAUGGAGCAAGGUGGUUUCCAAUGCUCGGGAUUCAGCGACAGGGAAUUGCUUCAGGGACAAAUGCUGCUUAAAAUGUAUUCUUGUGAGAACUAUAGGGUGGAAAAGCAAGGACAAGAUGGAAAUGCACUUACACUUGGUUGGUUGGAUCAGCCUCUUUACACAGUCUCAGCAUGGGCACCGGUCGACAUUGCGGGCAGUUCGUCGUCUUAUUCUCAGCCAACUUGAAUCAGCGUACAAUUUUCAUUCAGUUCUUCGUAUACAGAAAGGAGUAUCAAUUCUUUGUAGGUAGAAACUGCAGAUAAAAUUUGUUGUCAGGUAGGAGAAGAGCCAAUUUAAUGAACACAUAGGUUGGUAUACGUGUUUCUAGCCGCUGUUAUUGGGCGAUUUUCAUUUUUUUACAUUAGUAUUCAUUCUUUAAUUCUUUAUGUAACCUGGAAUUAUUUCUUUUCUGUCAUAUAGUCAUGUAUUCUUUUGUGUCCUGAUUAUUGUCAUCGAGUCAUGUCCAUGUAUUCAGGGAUGUUGUUAUAAAUGAAUUGAUCUUUCUUGUUUUUUUAA